AUGCCCAAAUAUCCAGACCUCCCACCCCAACACGCGGUCGCCGUCAAAACCGACCGCAUCUAUCUCCGUCCAGUCACACCCGAAGACUUGUCAGCCCUCCAUGUAAUGAGAAUGAACCCGAGAGUAAUGCAGUACAUGCCUGGGGUCGAAACCGAACAAGACGCCCUCAAGUCAUAUAGCGUCACACGCAUUGAGCUAAUGAUGAAGCAAGACGGAUUCUCAUUCGCCAUGGUCCUCCCAGACGAACGGCACAAGUCCAGCAUCACAGAGAGCCUCGCAAACGGCGCGGUGAUCGGGUUCAUCGGUAUUACAGCACCGCCCGAGGUCUUCUACAUCAUUGAUGAGAAAUACUGGGGUAGCGGGUACGCAACUGAGGCGCUGCAGGCGUUCCUAGACACGUACUGGAACGCCUUCCCAGAGGGCCUGAAAGGAAUGGAUGAGUGGACAUGCAACUUUCUCGAGACUCAUGUCAUUGUUGGAAACGACGGCAGUGAGCGGGUUGCUGCUAAAUGUGGCUUUGUGCAUGUCGCCGACAGAUCUACACCGUCCCAUGGUGAGGAGAAAGAGAAGAAAAUCUUUCGACUGCAGCGUCCGUGA